AUGUGGCCCUUCCUGAGCCGGGCUCUCUUCCCACCCCCCACCGAGGCCUGGCUCCAGACGGUCUCCUCAGACCCUGAGGCCCAGGGCUGGGGGGCCUGGAGGACCACCAAAAAGACCUGUCUAGGGCCAGGGGCUGGGAAGGAGAAGAGAGAGGAAGAAGCAGAGGAUGACCAGGAUGAGGACACAGGCUUCCUGCUGUCCCUGGUGAAGUGGCAACACCUGGCCGAACUCCCAGUGCCUGAACAGGAACUGGAGGCCAUCAGGCUGAAGCUGUGUGCCAUGGAGCAGGCUGAGCAGCCAGAGCUACCUGGAGUGCCAGUCAGGGCCCAAGAAGAGGAGGGCACGAGGGCCGGGCAAAUGCUGAGACCCAAGAUACCAGGCUGCCCCUUCCCUGGGAACCCCGAAGAGAAAAUGGAGGCUGACCACAGAUCCAUUUACGUGGGGAACGUGGACUACGGGGGCACAGCUGAGGAGCUGGAGGCCCACUUCAACUGCUGUGGGGAGAUCCACCGAGUCACCAUCCUGUGCGACAAGUUCUCUGGACACCCCAAGGGCUACGCCUACAUAGAGUUUGCCACCAAGAGCUCUGCCCAGGCUGCUGUGGAGCUGGAUGACAGUGUCUUCCGAGGCCGGGUAAUCAAGGUGCUGCCCAAAAGGACCAACUUUCCAGGGAUCAGCUCCACGGACCGUGGGGGCCUGCGGGUACACCCAGGCACCAGGGGUGCACCCUUCCCCCGCAGUGGCCUCCAGGGCAGGCCCCGGUUCAGAUCACGUGGGCAGAACCGGGCCCGUGGAAGGUUCUCCCCUUGGUUCUCACCAUACUGA